GGCAGUUCCGGCGGCGCCGCCUCCCCGCCCCCGCCUGGGCGGCAGAUGGAGGAGAAAACUUCGGGCUCUGGGGGUGGGAAGCGGCGCUGGAGCCGGAGCCGCAGCCAGGUUUCCAGAUGGACCUAAGGGUACUGAAAUGGCUUGUGACCUACCCAGCUUAGAUACCUCCUGUCUCUUACUGUUAUACUGCUGUAAUGGUGGAGAUAAGUAGAAAUGAAUCCUGUACGGCAGGGCAGAUCCCCAUGUCCUACUUAACCUGCCUGGCUUACAUAUUGGAAGAAUGGACUGGUGUGGAGUACAUUGAGGACUAUCUGAAUUAUGUGGCCUAUCUUUUAUGGCUGUUUACACCGCUUAUAAUAGUUUUUCUACUUCCUGGAAUUAUUCUCCUCUUCCUCUACUUCUCUAUUAUUUUUCUUUAUAUUUAUAAGAGGAAGAAAGAGUUAAAGGAGGCUUAUUCCAAUGACUUCUGGGAUGGUGCCAAGAAAAUGCUAGCAGUUAUAUGGUAUGGACAUGCAAGAAUAUGGCAUGGUUAUGAAGUUCAUGGUCUAGAAAAAAUCCCAGAAGGACGCGGGCUUCUUAUUUAUUAUCAUGGAGCGACUCCUGUAGACUAUUUCUACUUUGUAGCUAAACUUAUUCUAGUGAAGAAUAGAAGCUGCUAUUCGGUAGCCGAUCACUUCGUCUUUAAAAUACCAGGUUUCAAACUGUUACUUGAAGUUUUUGGUGUUAUGCAUGGACCACAGGAAAGAUGUGUUAAAGUCCUGAAGAAUGGCAAUUUGGUGGCUAUUUCACCAGGUGGAGUUCGAGAAGCCCUCUUCAGUGAUGAAACAUACGUUCUUAUGUGGGGUAAUCGUAGAGGCUUUGCUCAGGUGGCUAUUGACGCAGAAGCGCCCAUCAUUCCUAUGUUUACACAAAAUGUUCGGGAAGGAAUUAGAACAUUAGGAAGAAUAAAGUUAUUUAGGCGGAUGUAUGAAUAUUUUCGGUUGCCAGUUGUUCCUCUAUACGGAGGGUUUCCGGUUAAAUAUCGUACGUAUAUUGGAGAUCCUAUCCCAUAUGAUCCAAAUCUAAAUGCUGCAGAAUUAGCUGAGAAGGCCAAGAAUGCAAUCCAGUCAUUAAUAGACAAGCAUCAGAAAAUACCAGGAAAUAUAUUUAGGGCUUUAAGGGAACGAUUUGAGACACAGCUGAAAGAAGAUUGAGGUCAUUUGUGUAACAAAGUAGACUUGUAUUUUCAAACUAUGUUUGUAACUUGUAAUUCUUAUUGAAAAGUGAUCUUCUAAAACGUAGUUAGGAAAUGCACUUUCUGUAUGACAUUCUUCUUUUUAAAUGUAAAUGUUUUCUGUAUAAUUUGAGAGACAAGCAAUAUUUCCUCUCCCUCCUUCCCCCACUAUCCCCCUAAAAUGAUUAGUAGGGGCCCAAACAUGCAUUCUAAAUCAAGUAAAAAAAAAAAAAAAAAUAUCUAGCCAUUCAUUUUAAUCUGGGGUUCUAUCUUGAAAGUACUUUUCUAAAAAUAAUGUUUCAGUUUUCCAUGUUCAUGCUCUUGCUCAGUCCUAUCUUAAGUUUGCACUUAAUAUUGUCUAGCUGCCAGGCCUAUGAAUUCAUCUUGGGUUCUAAUAUUCAGAUUAGAGUCUUUCCAGUUCGAGCAUCAUCACUAGUAAUAGAGGUUUGGUGGUCAAAUUAAGCCCUGAAUUAUACCACACUUUUGUUCAAGUAAGACCUUUAAUACUUGUGUGGGAUCAUGGGGCAUAAUUUCAAGACCCUGGCAUUUCAUGCAUGAACUGGGACCCUGGGUAGGUAUGCUGUUUGAAGCACUCCAAACAGAUGUGCACAGAUGAAGUGCCUAAAAAUGGAAGAGCACACACCAACUGCUGAAACUUCCUUAGCCUGACGAAGGGUUUUAUUUGGGUUGGCCUAAUAAAAGAUAUCAGAUUCACCCAAGGAACCUUGUCUGCCUAAAAAUGACUGAAGUACUUUAAAAAUGAUGACCCUCAACAAAUGAGGAACAUAUUUUGAAAUUGUUUUCUUGAAGCAGCUGAAUGGGCCAGCUGUUCUCUGGCUAGCUUCAUCUAGUUUGACCUGUAUAACAUUUUAGUACUGGUUGUAAUGCUAGAGAUGAAAAAGUAUCCAUCUUUAUUGGAGUCAGAAGAGUUUAUGGGCUGGAAGCUCAUUAGAAACUGACAAAUUUGUUAUGCAAACUAGUCAGAUUAGGAUGAAUAUGAAACUUCACAAUGUUGUUGUUUUUUUUACAUUAUUAUUUAGGAUAGAACCAUACACAGCGUUCCCCCUCUCCUCCACCCAAAUAAUCACUGUAGGUCCAGAACUCUGGCAAUGAUCUACUAACCCAUUUUUUGGGAGGUGGAAUGAACCAAGGUCUGAGUUUUAUUUAAUAUUAUGACUUAAAAUCCAGAUCAAAGAUGAUAAGAAGUCCUUUUUUAAAUACAUAGGGAGCAAAAAGAAGGCACAGGGUAACAUGGGGCCCCUGCAGGACACGCUUGGCAAUCUGGUGGUUGCACCAGAUGAUAAAGCUGACCUCUUUAACAAAUUCUUUGCCUCCAUAUUUCUGAGCAGGGACUGGGACAUACCCUCACUGGCAUCCUGGACGAACUCAGGAGAGGUACAACUGGGCUCAGGGUCAGAGAGGACCUGGUCAGGGAACUUUUGGCGGGACUGGAUAUCUUCAAAUCAGCAGGUCCAGCUGAUCUCCGUCCAAGGGUGCUGAGGGAAUUGGCAGAGGCCAUUGCAGGACCCCUGGCACAAUGGUGCUCUGGUGAGGUGCCAGAGGACUGGAAAAGGGCCAAUGUGGUCCCCAUUUUCAAAAAAGGGAGGAAGGAGGACCCAGGAAACUAUAGGCCUGUUAGUCUUACUUUGGUCCUGGGGAAACUCUUUGAGGAAAUUAUCCAAAAACACAUCUGUGAGGGACCAGCAGGGGAGAUUAUGCUUAGGAGCAACCAACAUGGGUUCAUUAGAGGCAGGUCCUGUCAGACCAGCCUGGUUGCCUUCUACGACCAGGUCACAAAAUUCUUGGACGCAGGUGUCGCGGUGGACAUAGUCUUUCUGGACUUUAGGAAGGCCUUUGACACUGUCUCUCACCCCAUUCUCAUAAAAAAAUUAGGCAACUGUGGCGUUGAUGCCUACACAGUCAGAUGGGUCACAAAUUGGCUGGAGGGCUGCACCCAGAGAGUGGUGGUGGACAAGUCGUUUUUGACCUGGAGGGAUGGGGGCAGUUGGGUUCCCCAGGGCUCGGUCCUCGGGCCCACACUCUUCAACAUCUUCAUCAGCGACUUGGACAAGAGGGUGAAAAGCACCUUGUUCAAGUUUGUGGAUGACACAGAUGUGGGGAGAAGUGGGCAUGUUAGAAGGGAUGGACAGGCUACAACUAGACCUGGACAGGUUACAGGGGUGGGCGGAUGAGAAUAGGAUGUGUUUCAAUACUGAUAAGUGCAAGGUACUGCACUUGGGGAGGAAGAACCAGCAGCAUACCUAUAGGCUGGGGAGCUCCCUUCUCGUCAGCACAGAGGCAGAAAAGGAUCUUAGAGUCAUUAUUGAUUCCAAAAUGAACAUGGGCUGCCAAUGUGAGGAUGUGGUCAGGAAGGCCAACCGUACCUUGUCAUGCAUCCACAGAUGCAUCACAAGCAGGUCCAAAGAGGUGUUUCUCCCUUCUAUGCAACAUUGGUCAGGCCACAGUUGGAGUACUGCAUCCAGUUCUGGGUGCCGCGCUUCAGGAGAGAUGUGGACAGCAUUAACAGGGUUCAGAGGAGGGCCACUCGCAUGAUCGGGGGCAGCAGGGCAGGCCCUACAAGGAGAGGCUAAGGGACCUGAACCUGUUCAGCCUCCACAAGAGAAAGCUGAGGGGGGAUCUAGUGGCCGUCUAUAAACUUACCAAAGGGGACCAGCGGGAACGGGAGAGACUGUUUCCCCCGAGCACUACCAGGAGUAACAAGGAAUAAUGGCCAUAAGUUGACUGAGAGUAGGUUGAGGCUGGACAUCAGGAGGCACUACUUUACAGUCAGGGUGGCUAGGAUCUGGAACCAGCUUCCAAGGGAAGUGGUGCUCACUCCUAUCCCGGGGGUCUUCAAAAGGAGACUAGAUAAUCAUGUAGCCGGGGUCGUUUGACCCCAGCAUUUUUUCCUGCCCGUGGCAGGGGGUCGGACUUGAUCUGCUCAGGUCCCUUCCAACCCUACCUAUUAUGAAACUAUGAAAAUAUUAAUUAUGUUACAAAACAGAAUGCAACUCCUAACAUUCCAUUUUCAGAGUUCUACCACUUUUAGCAGAAUAAGCAUUCCCAAAGAGCUUUUGUAAUUUUUUUUGUACAUUUGUAUUUUCCUGACCCAUUUUAUGUAGAAAGCCAAAUACAUUUUAUACAAUAGACUAGCUAUAUUAAAAUUUUUGUCUCUACCACAUAUGACUUACCUGAGGAAAGACUAAUUAUCAAUUAAAGGGAUUGAUUAAGGAGUUGCAGGAUUGGGCUCUUUUGUACAUUGGUAAUAAGCUAUAGUCUUUUUAACUCUGAUAUGCAUAGCUGACUAAUGCAUGGAUUGUCCACAUGGCAAAGAUGUUCAAUAGCCAGUUUAAAAUUAACAUCUAGGAAUGUUGUUUCAUUGCUGAAAAAGCACAAAUCACUUGAGCAAAACAAGAAGUUUUGAAAGUUUUUCAUUUUGCAAUGUCCUUGCAGUGUCUCUGACCUUGUUUUUAAUGAAAUUUUAAAUAGUCAAAAAGGAACUGUGUUUAAGUUAACUGAGCUGUAGUAGUUCACUUGUGCAAAUGCUUAUACACAUUAUUGUAUGUGUAUGAGUUAGUUCUGGUUAAAUCAAUAGGAUUGCAUAAAGUGCAUGUUUCAGUGCCUUAAAUUAAAAGUACAAGCAUUGUCUGGCGGGGAACUUGUGUAAGAUAAGAUCUGCCAAAACAGGUUCACUAUUUGUAGAAAUGUAGUUGUAUUUGAUUUUAAUAUUAAAAAUAUUUAGCUAAAAUGUUUUAGCUGGAAGAAAAUCAUGUAGUUUGAAAACAGAAGCCUUUUUAAAAUUCCACCGUCUUUAAAUUGAUUUGUCAUCUGCUUGAAACCUUACAGGGAUACCAUCAUGCUAUAUGAAUGUAUUUAAUAAUAUUUGUCUGUGUUAACUUAGAUUCCUUCAACAGACAGUUUUCAGUAAUAAGGAUAUUUUAUUUUUGCAUUUUUCUCAAGGUAGACAAUAAAAAAAGACUAGUUGGUUUAUAGUCACUUUGGCUGCUGACAGAUGUGAAAAAAAGGCUUUACUGGAAGAGGGAGUUUGACUCAGCUCCCUUGCAUCUGUAUAGAUUGGGUGCUUCAACAGGCCUUUUUGGCACUUCUAUAUAAAGCUGAUUCAAUCAGCAAGCCAAAAAGCCCACAGACAUUGAGCAAGCCAGGUUGAACUAACGCGAUGCCUCUUGUGGGCAUGCGUUGUGCUUAAUGUGGGGGCAUGCCAACUUAAAGCGCUGGAUGUUUUCCUUUUGUGUAUUUUUUUGUCUGUCUGUAAGCAGCCAUUCUUUUGAGGCUUUCAUGAACUAGAAUAGUGCUUCAACAUUUAGGUUGCACAAAAGGCAUGGGAAAACUUAAAUUCCACUUGAAUUUAAAAAAAAAUCUUUAUACUGUACUUAGAUUUUGCAAAACUAACUUCUAAUAAACUUGGGGCCAAAGUUGACCUGACUGUCCCUUUAAUAUAAAGUAUUGGAAUGUGAGUAUCAAAAAUCAAGUGCAGUAUUGGUACUCCUUAAAUGUUAAAUAUACUUUUUUGUAUACCUUUUUCAUAUUUAUUUCUAUAUUUAUGGUGUAUGUACUUUAUAGAAAAUAAUUACAGAAACAUAAAAUGGGACUACAACAA